AAGGGUUACGGAGCAAAAGCUCCAACACAUAAGUCACUUUUCAAAUUUAGUAGCCAUAUUGCAGUUGCUGUUAUGUGGUUAUUUUUUGGUGUUUUCUUUUCCCCACAGAGCCAGUCCAGCAGCAAGCAGUCUAAGACCUCCAUCUGACCUUCAUCUAAAUAUUGGACACAAUCCCCCUCUAUACCCAGCCAUCCGUGGAGAGGGGAUCUCUCUUUGAAUUGCCUUUCCCGAGGUUUCUUCUCUCUUUAGAGGAGUUUUUCCUCGUCUUCUUAGAGAGCUUGGGCUGGGUUGGAUGCUGUUGUUUAUAUGAGCCUGGGAUAUAAAUAUGUAUAAAAAUUGGUCUCUAGAUUGGCUAAAAGAGACAAAGAAAGUUCCAGAGCUCAAUAUAAAGCAAAUUAUCAGUCAGAUUAGCAACAGCAACGUUAACCAGGGGGGAUUGUAUAUAAAUGUAUUAAUUAAAAGCACCACUAUUUGGCAGAAAACAUGGCAAUUUACCAAUUGAUUAGUAACAUCAAAAUCAAUUAGAAGAAUAAGCAAAGUUUUCAGUCAGAUUUUUAACAAAUAAAUGCGAAUAAAUCAAAAGACAUCUUUUGUAGGCUUGCUUUAUGAAAAAUGUCAUCGAUGAAAAUGUCGUGUAUGACGCCAUGAUGCAUUCUAUUGUAGCCCAUCAUGCUAAUAUGACACUCCAUUCAGUGCCUAGAUGAACAGUUAGUUGUAGAAAUACACAAAUCGUGUUUUGUGCAAUAUUAUAUAUUACACAAAUAUCUGUAUACAUCAUAAACAUGUCAGGACUCACAGUGUGUAAUUUUUAUGCAAAGAUCAAGACUCCACUGGUCUACAGACGAUAAAAGGAACAUACAUUACAGGAUGCCUAAGGAUGUUUAAGCUACUUCUAUCAUCAGGAAAAACACAGGCUACCUAUUAAAACAUCUUACUAAAAGCUAACCAGAGACAGUUGAGUUUUAAAAAACCAUUCAUAGAAGAAAUGCACCUUCAAGAUCUACCUUUUCCUCCAAGGACUGCUGAAUGUAUUUUAUGAUAAAAAAAAAAAUUGGCUCAUAAUCAUUUUUCUCCUCCCGCACAUGAAAUGAAAUCAGCUCGUUGAAGCUCAAGUGCGUAAAAAUAUGAGACACAACUGUUUUAUGUUUUUUUUUUUCUUUCUGUGUGUAAGCAGAGCUUCUAUGUACCGUCCGGUGGAUCAGUUCUAGAUUCUUGAGGUAGUGUUAGAGGGAGAAUGAUUUGCAGGAGACAGAGUGAAGAGUGAACUCCUGAAAUUAAAUUAACCUAAAUUAAUCACACAAUGUCAAAGUCUUGGCCAACUUAUACUGCACCACGUCUUGUGGAUCUGAAUAACCCUCUAGGACACCAAACAGAGCCUUGCAUCUCCACACUGGUGAAGAUGACUCCAGAUGGAAGAAUAGAGGGAAGAAAGAGAAGGGACUUAACUGAAAGAGUGGACAAAUCCCCGAAAAAAAGCAAAAGCAGUGGAAGUCCAAAACCGGGUCCCAGCCACAUUGUUUCUGGGGAAUCCAGUUGGAAAUUUGGCCUUCUCAUAGUCCCUUCAAGCGACUCUAGUAUAUUUAAGAUGAGCAACAAACGGAAGAGCACUAGUGGCGAAUCUGAGGGACCAUCCAGCAAAAGAAGCAGGACGACGAGCCCAGAGGAGAGUCCCACCCAGGAACCCUCUGAAACGUGUGACUCACCCAGGAUCUCCGGCACUGACAGAAGAGAAGACUUCCUGGAAAAAUAUCAACAGCUGGAGGUGCUGGGUCAAGGAGGCUUUGCCACCGUGUUUUCUGGAAUACGCAUAAAAGACAGUUUUCCAGUGGCAAUCAAACACGUCAACCAGCGCAGAGUUGUGCGCACAACAAUGGACUGGAACGGGAAAAGUAGUGAUAUUCCCCUGGAGGUGGCGCUACUGAUACAAGUUGGGGCUGGACCACACGAUACGGAAAGCAGUAUAACCCCACUUCUACUUGACUGGUUUGAUCUGGAAGAUGAGCUUAUUAUGGUUUUUGAGAAACCAGAAAAUUGCAUGGACUUAAACAAAUACCUCGAAACUACAGAUAAACCUCUGUCAGAGACACAUGUUAAAGUCAUAAUGAAACAAUUAGUCGAUGCAGCCAUUACGAUGGAUUACAAGGGGGUUUUCCACCGAGAUAUUAAACCACACAACAUUCUAAUCGAAACAUCUUCCGAAGAACCCCGAGUGCGAUACAUCGAUUUUGGCUGUGGAGUCACGUUUACUCCGGGAGAAAGGUUCAGGAGGAAAGCAGGAACCAGGAACUACAGUAGUCCAGAGUGGUUCACGCAUGGCUUCUGCUCUGCAGAAUAUACUACAGCCUGGCAGCUGGGUGUUGUGAUGUACCAGCUGUUACACAAGAACUUACCAUUUGACUGCGACUACAAGAUCAUCAACCAAAACCCACCGAUUUUAGCUGACAUUUCAAACAAAUGCAGGGAUUUUUUGACGGGGUGUCUGAGGAAGCACUAUAAGGACCGCUUCACCCUGGAGGAUCUUUGGAAUCAUGCGUGGCUCAAAUAACUUCUGCGCACCAUCAAUCAAAAGGGUUACGGAGCAAAAGCUCCAACACAUAAGUCACUUUUCAAAUUUAGUAGCCAUAUUGCAGUUGCUGUUAUGUGGUUAUUUUUUGGUGUUUUCUUUUCCCCACAGAGCCAGUCCAGCAGCAAGCAGUCUAAGACCUCCAUCUGACCUUCAUCUAAAUAUUGGACACAAUCCCCCUCUAUACCCAGCCAUCCGUGGAGAGGGGAUCUCUCUUUGAAUUGCCUUUCCCGAGGUUUCUUCUCUCUUUAGAGGAGUUUUUCCUCGUCUUCUUAGAGAGCUUGGGCUGGGUUGGAUGCUGUUGUUUAUAUGAGCCUGGGAUAUAAAUAUGUAUAAAAAUUGGUCUCUAGAUUGGCUAAAAGAGACAAAGAAAGUUCCAGAGCUCAAUAUAAAGCAAAUUAUCAGUCAGAUUAGCAACAGCAACGUUAACCAGGGGGGAUUGUAUAUAAAUGUAUUAAUUAAAAGCACCACUAUUUGGCAGAAAACAUGGCAAUUUACCAAUUGAUUAGUAACAUCAAAAUCAAUUAGAAGAAUAAGCAAAGUUUUCAGUCAGAUUUUUAACAAAUAAAUGCGAAUAAAUCAAAA